CUCCUGCCUCCCCCCCAGUCUGGGUGCAGUCCAACUCUCAAACAGUACUUUCCCCUCUGGGGCUUGCUUUGUCCAGGGACUGUCUGGAAAAAGCCGUGCCACCGAAAGCACGGGUUUUGUGGUAUGCAUGGAGGAAGCGUCUCCUUAUUCUUUACUUGAUAUUUGUUUGAAUUUCCUGACUGCCAACCUAGAGAAGUUUUGCACAGAAAGGCAAGAUGGAACACUAUGCCUGCAGGAGCCAGGAAUGUUUCCUCAAGAAGUGGCUGAUCGAUUGCUGCAGACAGUGGCAUUUCAUGGGCUUCUGAAUGAUGGAACUGUGGGCAUCUUCCGAGGCAACCAGAUGCGUUUGAAACGAGCUUGUAUCCGGAAAGCGAAAAUCUCUGCUGUGGCUUUCCGGAAAGCAUUCUGCCAUCAUAAGCUGGUAGAACUUGAUGCUACUGGGGUGAAUGCUGAUAUAACAAUCACAGACAUUAUAAGUGGACUUGGCAGCAAUAAAUGGAUCCAACAAAAUCUGCAAUGCCUUGUGCUGAACUCACUAACUCUUUCUUUGGAAGACCCAUACGAGAGGUGCUUCAGUCAGUUGUCUGGGCUUCGUGCAUUGAGUAUUACCAAUGUUCUGUUCUACAAUGAGGACUUGGCAGAUGUUGCUUCACUUCCUAGGUUAGAAAGUCUGGAUAUAUCGAACACCUCUGUUACUGACAUAACAGCACUCCUCACCUGCAAAGACCGACUCAAGUCUUUGACCAUGCACCACCUGAAAUGCUUGAAAAUGACCACAACCCAGAUUCUGGAUGUUAUAAGAGAACUAAAAUACCUGAAUCACCUUGAUAUUUCAGAUGACAAACAGUUCACAUCAGACAUAGCACUUCGUUUGCUGGAACAGAAAGAUAUCUUGCCUAACCUUGUGUCUUUGGACAUUUCUGGAAGAAAACAUGUUACGGAUAAAGCUGUAGAAGCUUUUAUUCAGCAACGUCCCACAAUGCAGUUUGUAGGACUGCUAGCUACUGAUGCCGGCUACUCAGAAUUCCUAACAGGAGAAGGAAACCUAAAGGUGUCUGGAGAAGCAAAUGAAACUCAGAUUUCUGAAGCACUGAAGCGUUACAGUGAACGGGCCUUCUUUGUGAGAGAAGCACUCUUUCAUUUAUUCAGCCUGACGCAUGUAAUGGAAAAAACAAAGCCUGAAAUUUUAAAGCUUGUGGUUAUUGGAAUGAGAAAUCACCCCCUGAACUUGCCCGUGCAGUUAGCAGCAAGUGCUUGUGUCUUCAACCUAACCAAGCAAGAUUUAGCAGCAGGCAUGCCUGUGCGGCUUCUGGCCGAUGUUACUCACUUGCUCCUGAAGGCCAUGGAACACUUCCCAAAUCAUCAACAGCUGCAAAAGAAUUGCCUUCUUUCACUAUGCAGUGACAGAAUACUUCAGGAUGUUCCAUUUAACAGGUUUGAAGCAGCCAAACUUGUUAUGCAGUGGCUGUGUAAUCACGAAGAUCAAAACAUGCAAAGGAUGGCUGUAGCCAUAAUUUCCAUUCUUGCUGCAAAGCUUUCAACAGAGCAAACAGCUCAACUUGGUGCAGAGCUCUUCAUUGUUAGGCAACUUCUACAAAUAGUUAAACAGAAAACAAAUCAGAAUCUUGUAGAUACUACCCUCAAGUUCACAUUGAGUGCACUUUGGAACCUCACUGAUGAAUCUCCAACAACAUGUCGGCACUUCAUUGAGAAUCAAGGGCUAGAACUUUUCAUGAGAGUCUUAGAGUCUUUUCCGUCUGAAUCAUCCAUUCAACAGAAAGUUCUUGGACUUCUGAAUAACAUAGCUGAAGUUAAAGAACUCCAUUCUGAAUUAAUGUGGAAGGACUUUAUAGACCACAUCAGUAAAUUACUGCACAGUGUGGAGGUGGAAGUUAGCUACUUUGCAGCAGGGAUUAUUGCUCAUUUGAUAUCUCGAGGAGAGCAGGCCUGGACAUUAAGUCGCAGCCAGAGGACAUCUCUCCUUGAACAGCUGCAUUCUGCCAUUUUGAAUUGGCCAACCCCAGAAUGUGAGAUGGUGGCUUACAGGUCUUUCAAUCCGUUUUUUCCACUACUUGGCUGUUUCAUGACACCUGGUGUCCAGUUAUGGGCAGUGUGGGCCAUGCAGCAUGUCUGCAGCAAAAAUCCUGCCAGGUACUGCAGCAUGUUAAUAGAAGAAGGUGGUUUACAGCACUUAUACAACAUCAAGGAAAACGUCCAGACUGAUCCACAUGUCCAAAGGAUUGCUAUUGCCAUCCUGGAUAGUUUGGAAAAACACAUUAUGCGUCAUGGGAGACCACCUCCAUGUAGAAAACAGCAACAAAAUAAACCAAACUGAAAGCUGCAGGUAUAGGAGUGUAAAGUAUUGUCUCUGUAACAAUCCUUUCUGAUGUGUGUGUAGUUGGAGUAACUUGUAAUAUAGUGGUCACCAUUAAAGUGAUUUGCCGAUAAUUGUGGUACCCAGAACCAUGUACGGUAACCUUUGGUGAAUGUCAACUUUAAUGGCAACCACAUAUGCAACUUGUAAAGGGUCACUGCUUGAGCUGGUCAUACCUGUAGGAUUACUGCUGGCUACAAAGAGAUGGGACUUGUACAGAUCAAUAUGCACAUCUGGAAAAAAAGACUUCUAGGAAUAUCUUGUUUUGUGAUUUCUGGGAGAAAAAGUUAUUUCAUCCCUAUGAUUGCUGUUCAUAACACUGUUUACCAGUUUGGUGUUUGAAUAGAACCAUGUGGUUGUGAGAUUCAACACUUUCACAGAUUAAAACAAAAGUACAUGCAUGCAGGUUAAUAUGAGACUUGUAACUAAGGUGACCAAAGUCAUUGUCUCAUAACCCUUCUAAACACAAAUGGGGUCUUCAACUUCCUUUUUCUUUUGCCUGCAAGCUGUGUUCUUUUGUCUUCCUUACUUCUAGAACAAUAGCUUUUUGCAGUUCAGCUCUCCCGAGUCCUCCCUGCUCUUAGUAAGGUGGGGAUCGGCAUUGCAUCAGGGAAAGGGGAAACCUGCUGAAGUAAAGCAAUAGAAACAGGAUUAAAAGGAGAUGCAAUACUAAAAGGAUGAACUAAGCUUGAGAUGUUAAACUUGAUAACAAGAAGGGGUUUUUGUUGUUGUUUGACUGCUUUUGGUUGUGUGUGAUAUCUAUCUGUUGUUUUUAGAGUAUUGAUAGGGAAAGGAGAAGGCUCAUUAGAGCAAGAUAACUGACUUGUCUUCAUCGUGAAGGGGAUUGCACGUCUCGAUAGGAGGCCCAGGAUAUUUGGUCACCUUAUUUAUAAAAGACUAAUGAUUGCUCUGUUGUUUUCUGUAAAUAUUCUGUCAGUGUUGUGCAGUGAAUUGUAUUUCCAAGUCAUCACAGUGCAAAAUACCACCCAAUGUUCUAUGUAAGCCCUGUGUCAAUUGCAUUGUUUUCUGGAGUGUGAAAUUUUACAUAAAGAUGCUAAUUGUAACAACUUAUUUCUUUCUUGGUUACCUAUGGGUUUCAAAUGAUGUGUUGAAUGAAACAUAUUGCACGGCAUACAGAUGCCUGAUAAAAUACAAGUGAUGGAAGCAAACUGCAUGUCCGUUCAAAUUCAGUUUUAUUUCAGGUAUUGUUUUUGUUUAUCUGGUUAGCCUCCAUAUUUCAUGGCAACUGAUUGAUAUUCAGAGAUUGUUCUGUAAAUAUAUUGGUAAUUGAGUUUAAAAAGAAAACUUAUGUUUGGUAGCUUACUAGCAGGGAUGGGUUCUUCGUGAUGACUAUAUUUUACUAUUUUUAACUCCUUUCCUCUCCCAACUCCCAUCCUUCAAAUAAAAACAUCACCUCUAAUCUUCAAUAAUCUAGUUAUUGUGUAUUUCAGCAACUUCAAAAGGUACUGAUCCAGUAACUUAAUCAAUGUUGUGUAACUGCUUUUUGUACAAAGCUAUAAUUUGGCUAGCGUCGUUUUCACGCGUGUAUCUGGUUAUAUACCAUUUUCUUGAUUUGGAAAGAAAUUAAAUUGGUUGUAGCUUUGAAUUGUGAAGGUGGUUUAAAAAAUGAAAAAUGGCCUGCAAGCCUUUACCCACCACCCUUCUGAGAUGUCUGCUAUGGUACUUCUGCUACGAAACUUCUGUUACAUGAAAUGAAACACAAAACUUGUCAAAAUUGGUGUUAAUAGAAUGAACAUAAAUCAAUUGCUACAAGAUUUUAAAAUAAAGAUGACAACUCUCCUUACAG